GGUAACACCGAUUCGUUCUUUAUAGUACGGCGUUCAUUAAAAAAACACGACGUCAACUUGCUAUUUGCAAAAAAUUUGGCCGUAAAAAAUGUCGCACCUCGUGAAAAUGGAAAACGGACAGAGCCAGACCAUCCAGGAGAUGCUGGGCUGCAUCGAGCGCUACAAUCCGGAUCAUCUGAAAACACUGGAGGCAUAUGUGCAGGAUCAGGCAAAGAACAACACCUACGAUUUGGAAGCCAAUCUGGCCGUGCUGAAGCUGUACCAAUUCAACCCGCACAUGCUGAACUUCGAUAUCACGUACACAAUCCUGCUUAAAUCUCUGACCAGCUUGCCGCACACGGAUUUCGUGAUGGCCAAGUGCCUGUUGUUGCCUCAGCAGAUGAAGGACGAGAAUGUACAGACAAUCAUAGACCUGGCUGAUAUUCUGGAGCGGGCUGACUUCACUCUCUUCUGGCAGCGCGCUGAGGUGAACCGCAGCAUGUUCCGACACAUUUCUGGCUUCCACGAUUCCAUUCGCAAGUUUGUCUCGCAUGUGGUGGGCACCACCUUCCAAACAAUCCGCAAGGACCUUCUUAAGGAACUGCUCGGAGGAAUCGAGGACUCAACGCUGGAGAGCUGGAUCAAACGGAACGGCUGGAAGCACCAAGGACAGGGAAUCGUCGUUGUGGCCACCCAAGACGACAAGAUCAAGACGAAGAACAUCACGGAGAAGAUCGAGUUCGACAAUGUUGGUGCCCUAAUGGCCCAGUGCCUGUAAGAACCUCCUCCGCGUUUAUAGUCCAUGUCUACAUUUCUACGAAUAGUAAUUAACGGAAACAAAAUAAAAGCCUGUCCGUACAGCUAAA